AUGGCAAAUUUUGUUUUGCCAUCUAAACUCCUGAAUCUAAGUUUUUAUAAACAUUAUGGCCAACAACAGUCUGAUAGUGAUGCUGAGGAACAAGUAGAAAGUGAAAAUCAUGAAAAUACCACAGAGACACAUAAUAAUACCCAGAAAAAUCAAGAAGAUAAUGGUUCAAACGUUGCAUCUGCAUCCGCGUCUACGCCUAAUUCUGACUCUGUCUCUGCUCCCAACGAGCUAGCUGGUUUCAUUAAGGUUUCCGAUACGUUUAACAACAAUGGAUUAGUAAAUUUUUCGACUUCAAGCAUUUCUGUUGUCGACAGUAGUAUAGAUUAUCAAACGGAAGAUUUAAGAAGUGUAGAUACCAAUUGGACAAACACUGAACGCGACAUUCCUGUUACAGACACUUUAGCAGCUUUUCAAAACAAUUUGAAUGACAAUUGUGAGCUACGUCUAACUGAAGGCAAGAACCAAUACUGCUUCGCUACACCAACUAGUGAAACCGAGAGUUCGCACAAGCCUAAAUUGCGAAAAACCCACCUUGACACAUUGAAAAAAGUAUUUCACUUUGGUACUUCUUUUUCCUCAACCAAUCCUUUGACUAAAAGUGAAUACCAAGCAUGCGAAAACGAACAAAAGUCAAACAAAUCACUCCGAUCGCUAAAUUUGGUCGGCUACUUGGGCUCUUUGUUGGGCGAUGAGCCUUUUGAUACAUAUAACCAAAUGCUUUGGUCUUUCAAACCUGGUCACAUUUUAACGCCUCAAUCAGAAGCAUUUUUAGAAGUCAUCAAAUAUAGUCUUUGCUCAUUUCACUUAGUCUGUCGAACUGUGCCUGAGUUUAAACAAAAUCAUGAAAGAACUCACUUUGUUGAGAAUUUUAUUCCAUCUUUAAUGGCUUUGACAAAAAUUAUUGGAUUCAUUGAAUUCAAAUGGUGUGAAACCCCCUUUUUAGCCUCAAGCUGUCUGAAUCUUAAAUACUAUGACUAUGAUCUUCGUGCUGCCCCUUCCAACAAGUUUAUUGAUGCCCUUGGUAUUAUGAAAACUCAAAACAAUAUGGAACUUAUAAUCGUGGAAGCGUCAAGUGGUGCUAUAAAAGAAGAUACAACGCAUACCAUUGAAGACUCGCUAAAAAUCCUUGAAUGUAGUGCAUCUGCUUUGAAAAAAGAAGUUGCUCAUUAUAAAAAUGCCUCCUUGAAAACAUUUAAAAUGCUCAAGGUUUAUUCAUUGCAAAUAAUUAGGACUCAAGUCACUCUGAGUGAGAUGUCUCUGUAUGACAAAAAUCACUGGAAGUUUAUUGAAAAAAGGUCUGCUAAAUUACCAACGAACUGGAAUGAUCGGCUUUGUUUUGUUCAGUAUCUUGAACUUUUAGCAACUUUGUUUGAUGACAUUCUUACACCACAACAGGUGCAAAAGCAACUAGUAAAAGAAAACCUUGGGCUCGUUGAAUUUAGUGGGCCAUCUGUCGAAUCAAUUAGCCAAGAAGCAAUUAUUCUUCUAGAGUGA